UAAUUCUAUUAAGCAAAGGGAGCAGGGAGAGUAUUUAUUACUGGCAAACUGAUGAUAUUUUGGAUAGAUAUAGGAAGAGAGAGAUAGAUCAGAGGAGAUGGCAAGAAGAUAUUGCUACAAUGAGGUCCUCCCAUUCACAGCCAUGGCUGCAGUAGAGUGCUCCAACGUAGUCCAGAACAUUCUAUUCAAAGCUGCUUCUUCAAAGGGGAUGAGCUACUACAUCUUCAUCGCCUACGCCUACAUUUUGGCCACCCUUGCUCUCCUCCCUUUGAUCUGCUUGUUAUUGUGUAGAAAAGGGCUUCCCAAAUUUGAGUUCCCUCUCAUCUCUAGACUUUGCUUUCUUGGUCUUGUUGGGUUUGCAGGUCAAUUGUGUGCGUAUAAAGGUUUAGAACUGGGCUCCCCAACUCUUUCUUCUGCCAUCAGCAACCUUACACCAGCUUUUACCUUCAUACUUGCUGUCUUCUUCAGGAUGGAGAAAGUAGCAUUGAGAAGCUCAAGCACUCGAGCUAAAAUCAUUGGCACCAUAGCAUCAAUGUCUGGUGCAUCAGUAGUUGUUCUCUACAAGGGCCCCGAAGUUCAACAGCCUCUCGGAUCAUCCCAAUCAAAGUGGGUGUUUGGUGGGCUCUUACUAGCUGCGUCAUAUCUUUUAUCUUCAUUCUGGUAUAUCAUUCAGUCCCAAAUUAUGAAGAUAUACCCAGAAGAGAUGAUUGUGACUUUCAUCUACAACUUGUCUCUGACCAUUUUAUCUGUACCAGUAUGCUUUCUAGCAGAAUCAAAUAUGACCUCCUGGAGACCAACACGUAGUAUAGUAGCUGCUUCUAUCCUAUACUCGGGUCUUUUUGCAUUAAACUUCAGCUGUGGUGUACACUCAUGGGGUGUACGCUUGAAGGGGCCUGUGUAUGUUGCAAUAUUCAAGCCAUUGUCGAUUGUCAUUGCAGCCAUUAUGAGUGCCUUUUUCCUUGGUGAUGCAUUGUAUCUUGGAAGUGUCAUUGGAGCAUUGAUCUUAUCAGCUGGGCUCUAUGCUGUACUAUGGGGAAAAGCACAAGAGGAAGAAAUGACUCACUAUGACUCUGGGUCAAGUAGCUUUGGACCCUUGUCAAGUUGUAAGGUCCCUUUGUUGCAAAGCCACAACGAUGCAGAAAUGUAGCUUACUGGCUCAAUGCUUCUUCCCUCAUCAUUGGAAUGCUAUCCCUGCAGAAGAAUGGGAAUCAAAAGGUUUAAUAAGUUUCUUAGAUCAGAGUUGAGAUUAAUUUAGCUUGUUUCUUUUGGU